AUGCCUGCCCCUCCAGUCUCUCCUCCUCGCGUCCUCGUCUUCGGCACCGGCAGCGUCGGCGCCGUCUACGCCUGGAUACUCUUCCGUGCCGUUGGCCCAGCCAACCUCUACACGGUGUGCCGUUCGAACCAUGCGGUUGCCUCGACAGCAGGCUUCACCAUCAACUCGACCAUCUUUGGGGAAGGCCUCAACUUUAAGCCCCAGGUGGUGCGGACCGUUGAUGAAGCUGUCUCGCUCUCAGGAGGCAAACCAUUCGACUACAUCGUUGUCACGGCAAAGGCCAUACACACGACUCCGUCGAUUCCAGAACAGCUCCGCCCGGCCAUCGCACCUCACACGACUAUCGCCCUCAUUCAGAAUGGCAUCGCCAUCGAAGAACCCUACCGCACCCUCUAUCCAGACAACCCCUUGCUGAGCUGCGUGGUGUACCUCCCCGCCACCCAGACUGCUCCCGCCGUGAUCGUCCACCGUGAGAUUGAACUCUUGCACAUUGGGACGUACCCCUCCAACGCGCCACGGGCGCACCAAUCCGCGGCCGAACCGUUCGCCCGCCUCCUCAACGCGGGGGGAGGCAGCACGGAACUGCACGAGGACGUGCAACCGCAGCGCUGGAGCAAGCUCAUGGUCAACGCGAGCUGGAACCCGGUGUGCGCGCUCUCGCGGUCGCGCGACGCCCAGUUCCUCAAGUCCUCACCGCCAGAGUACUCGCUAGGUUUGAUCAAGUCGCUCAUGACUGAGAUCGCGUCCAUCGCCCAGUCGCUCGGCUACGACAACAUCAACGCUGACACUAUCACCUACCAAAUCAACCGCGCCAAAGUCAGGGAGCUGCCUGGCGUCGAACCCUCCAUGCUCGCCGACGCAAAGGUCGGCGCGAGGAUGGAAGUCGAUGCCAUCGUCGGCAACACCGUCCGGUUGGCUGAUGAAAGAGGCGUGCACACGCCGUUGCUCAGGGCCAUCUAUGCUCUUGUCACGGCCCUGGACAGGAGCUUUCAAAGGGAGCUCGAAAAAAAGACCCAGGUCCAGGUCAACGACAAAGGAAGGCUAGGCGAACAAUCGAGGAUCUGA